CCUAGGUCCCAAUACUGGCCACUGGGAAAGUGGUACAGAUGUGGAAGUUGCUCUGAAGACUCCCUGAGAUGGGUUAUAGGCAGUUUGUCACAAAGAGACAGCAAGCUGAAUACUGGAGAGCAAGCGGGGGAAGCGAGUGAUGGAAGGGGCAUUAGAUUCUUAGACCCAGUCACAAGGAGACAUCCCCUGUGGCUUCUAGCUCGAAGAAAGUGAUGGAAGGGGCAGCGACCCAGAAGAAGAAGGUGGCACCCAAGCUGGUACUCACUGAAGAACAGAAACAGCAGUUGCGAGAGGCCUUUGAUUUGCUUGACACCGAUGGCACCGGUACAGUCGACGUGAAGGACUUGAAGGUGUCCAUAAGGGCCCUUGGGUAUGAACCCAAGAAAGAAGAGUUGAAGAAAAUUAUAUCAGAAGUUGAUAAGGAAGGGUCAGGGAAGAUCAACUUUGAUUCCUUUUUGUAUGCGAUGACUCAGAAAAUGUCUGAGCCAGAAUCCAGAGAGGACAUUCUGAAAGCCUUCAAGCUCUUUGAUGACAAUGGAACUGGCAAAAUCUCCUUCCAAAAUCUCAAACGUGUGGCUGGUGAGAUUGGGGAAAACCUCACAGAUGAGGAGCUGCAGGAAAUGAUUGAUGAAGCAGAUGUGGAUGGAGAUGGGGAAGUGAAUGAACAGGAGUUCCUGCGGAUUAUAAGGAUGAACAGCAUGUAGCUAGAAGUUUCUCUUUUCUUUUUACUCAAAUUUUUAAAUACAGUUGGUAGGUACACCUGUUUUUUCUCCAGCCCUUCUUCAUUCUCCUGGGGUGAAAAAUGGGGGAUCACCAUCAGCAUUUUUCAGAAUCAUGGUUGCAGUGGGACUGAAUUACUGAUUUUUAGCUGUCUAUAUCCUAAUGUUUGAUUCCAUUGCAGAAUUUUUAAAUGAUCUCAGGUAGCAUUCUGGGUGUAGGGUAAAUAUUGACUUGUUUGUUGAUUGUUUUCAUGUUCCAAUGUGAUAACUUCGUUCCCCUUUUAAUUGCUUCCAAAAAGGCAGGGGAAUGGACUUUCAUGAAUAACAGGAAAUAUUUUUAAAAAUAUACUUUUUAAGAAGGAGCCAAUCCCAGAGACUGAUCCCAGAAACCCAGAUCAAAAUCUGUUCCUGGCACAUACUUAGGCCCUGAUCCUGCAAUCAGAUCCAUGCUGGUGGACCCUGUGCCCAUGCAGAGACCCAUUGACUUCAAAGGGGCUUCAUGCAGGGGUCCAUCCAUUCAGAGCCAAUUGCAGAAUGGGUUCUUAUUUGUCUGUAGCAUUCACCUAGAAAGUGAGAUGCAUGUAUCUGAGACUUUUAAGUUACUUUUGAUUUAGCCCAGUGUGGGAAUUUGAGGUGUUUCACUUUAGCAAUGGGAGAGUCCCAGUGCAGUGAAUUGGUAUAGAAGAUGCAUUGCAGAUGGUGAACUCUGUCAUCACCCUUCCUGAAGUACACACUGAUUUGUUAUCAGUAUUUUAUCCUCUGGCCUGAUUUUGCACUCUGUUUUGGAAAACACUGUGUUCAUUUGUUAUAUCCAUUGGCGCUAAUUAUUUUCUGUAUCCCAAUAAAACUUGUUUAUAACUUUU